CAGUGCAGGUUUUGCGUGAGCUGAAAGUGAUGUACGGAGAUCUCUACAGACAGGACAAUGUGGUGAUGAGUGGCACACAUUCAGGUCUGGCCAGAUAUUUCCAGUUCACCCUCUUCAUGAUCACCAGCAGCGGCUACAUUAAACCAUCUGUACAAGCCAUGCUCAAUGGAACAUUAAAGAGCAUUGAUAUUUCUCACAGAAACUUAAGACCCGCACGAAUUCUCAUCAUUUUAGGAGAACUGAUAACGGCAAUCUGAACAGAAGUCC